ACCAUAUUAACAUCUCACAGCGACACGAAGUCAUUCUAACCCCUCCCCCUCCACCGCCCCGCCAUCAUCGCCAUCACUGUCCGAUUCCUCAUCAUUUGACGGUGGUUCUUCCUCUUCUUCCCACACCUUGUGGCCCAGCUCAGCGCCGCACACACGCAUCACGGCAGCACGUGUCUCUGUGUAUGGGCGAAGCUCGGUCGUGAACACCAGGACAGCCAUGACGUCCCGCCCUUCACUGCUGCCGUCGGCAACCAUCAGCUCUGCCACAAUUUCCUUGUCCACCACCUCGUUUGUCAGCAGCAGACUCCGAAAAUGCCCCGGGUUGUCAGGAAGGCCUCCAGUGGCGCAGUCGAACACUGGGCACCCCUCGACCGGCCCACUGAAUGGGGCCGUCAGCAGCUGCUGGCAUCGACGGAAACAUGCCGAGUCGCGCUGAGCAGAUGUCCACUGCCUGAUGGAGUCAUUCCGGAUCUCCUCACAGGCGGCCAAGAGGCGCACACCCACCAGACAUGUGAGAGAGCGAUACACCUCGUCAUGCCCAGUGUAACGCGCUGGCGGGUUGUUGCGGUCGAAUGCAUCAGGUGGGAAGAGGGGCGAGGGAUUGGGGAGGACGGUGAAGUGGUCGAAACGGUCCUCGCCGAAGUCCCUUAGCCGAUCAUCGCCCUCCAUCAGCUGCCGGCCCUCAACCACGAGCUCCUUCCCGAUGACGCUCAGCUGUCUCAUGGCCUCUGGGGCGGCCAGGAAUGCCUGUCGCCCUGCCCGCGUGCUGACAUGCUCGAAGGUCGCCUCACCCAGCACCAGUGGCUCGUCGCAGAUCAGCCGGAAGAUCACCAGAUGCGGCCGCCAUCUGACCCACUCGCCGCCAUGCUCCAGCACAAACAGCCGCCUCAGCACACGGGGCAGCUCGUCAGACACACUCAGCCACGUUGUCCCGUCGCUGCGGAUGCGCCGAUGGCGGGGGCCCUCGAUGGCCGCCACACGCAGCAGCUCAGCGCCGAGGCUCAUGUGGCUGUCGAUAGCCUUUGAGAGGCGGCUGGUGAAGUAGGCACCAUCGAUUGGGUGCUCUGUCGCGACAAUGAAGUCGGUCUUGACCAGCCGGAGGGUCAGGGCGUCAUCGAUGUCCAGCAGGUCGGCAAGAAGGGGAUGCAGGGAGAAGGGGAGGCUGGCGAAGCUGUGGCGAACCUGAAUGACAAGCACCCGAUGGAGAAGAGAAAUGAAGAGGAGAAAGAUGCAAAAGCUUCAGAUCCCGAAGCGCGUACCGUCUGUGUGUCACCCAUGUCAGGACGCAGGCGACUCCCAGUAGCGAAAUACCGAAAGCCGCCACGCACCUGAUCAUUCCAACACAGACACACCAGAGAAAGCCAUCCCUGUCGACUGAGUGAGCAACCCGGUCUACAGCUGUCUGCUUUGCCAACCGCGUGUGGCUCGAGUUCCCUGAACCGUGCGAUGCUGUUGGGCACCACCGCCUCGAAGAGCUCCCUGCCGCCCGCCUCCUUCAUGGACACCCGUGUACCGCCUGGCGUGCUGGUUGUGGCAUACACCUCCGCCGCCACCCAUCCCCGCCGCGGUGCGGCCGACGCCUGCAGCACGCGAGUGCCGGGCUUGUAGCGACAGGAAGGGAUCACCUGCAUGGAGAAAACACACAAGAGGGAAGGGAAUCGACGACACAACCGGUGGGUCAAAAGCGCUGUGUGUGUGGUUUCACCAUGAGUGCAGGAGUCGGUAUGGCACAGGACGCUGCCAACAUGAGCCACCAAGACGUAUGGUGCGCUGUCUUGCCUCUUCUCUCCUUUCUCUGGCCUUCC